AUGAAGUUCACCACUCUCGCAAUCGCCGGCUCCUUGAUCUCGUACGCGACCGCAUAUGUCAACCCCAUCAACCCCUGGGGCGACUCCAAGUGGAUUCCCGGCAGCAAGGCCAUCAUCGAAUGGGACGAUGCGAACCCUGACGGCCCUGCCCUCUCCACCAACCCCAAGGUCGACGUCUUCCUCAUGACCGGCUCUGACCAGGUUAUGGUCAAGCUCGACACCAUUGCCACCGGGAUCAACGCCAACACUAUCCGCAACCUUACUUACACCGUCCCCACCGUUGACCCUAUUGGCAAGAUCUACUUCAUCCAGGUCACCAGCGACGCUGGCGUCAACGCCUGGACCACCCGCUUCACCAUCACCGAUGCUAGCGGUAACGCCGGUACCUUGGCCCCCACCGGCGUCCCCGGCCAGAACCCCGGUGCCACCGGCAAGAUCGUCUCUGGUGGCAGCGGCGGUGCUAACCCUGCUACCCCCACCGGCUCCAACUCUACCGCCAGUGGCACUCCCUCCACCGCUACCGCCGGUACCCCCUCUGGCACUGCCGCUGCCUCUGGCUCUGCUGCCAACCCUACCGCCACUGCUGCCGGUACAGACAAGAACUCUGCCUCAACCAUCUCUGGAUCUGUCGUCUCUGCCGCUGCCGCCGUCGCCGUCGGUGUUGCUGCCUUGAUGGCCUUCUAA